AUGCUUGCCACCCUCAGCCUUGCUGCCUACGCGCUUGUCCCCGCGCGCUGGCCGACUGCCAGUGCCACAGCGCGUGUUGUGCCACCAGCUGCUCUUCUCGAGUCGAUUGAUGGCACCUUUGCGCGGUCCAAGGCGCGGAGCCAGUCAAACAGUGAAUUCUGCGGUAUGAUGCGAUCAAACAACUUUGUCGGCAAGGUCGUGCCAACUAGCCCGACGGCUUCACCGAGCGAGCCCUCGCCGGCUUCGCUGAGCGUCAGCUCGCCGACGAAGCACGUCAGUUCGCAGUGCCUCAACGAUUUUGCUCGGUCCAAGUCGCGGACAGCUGCAAACAGCGUCUUUUGCGGCAUGAUUCCCGUCGAGGCCACGCCUGACAUCGCAGACCCGACGACGGACGACACGGCCGCCGAGGCGAGCGUCUCGACAAAGCAGGCCACCAAGCUCGAAUCGAUGGACGGCAAGUUUGGACGGUCCAUGAAGCGGACCGCAGCCAACUCGGUCUUCUGCGGCAUGGUCCCGGUCGAGGGCGCCGGCGUAGCUCCGACGAGGGCGGACACCUCUGACGCCGCGCUGCCUCGUGGAAUUGUGAAGGCAUGGCCUGAGAACUGA